AUGGAAAAGCUUGUGGUUGAUGAAGAGUCUGCCGUUCUUGGAUUGUCUGGUUUACGCGAGACUCAACUCAAGCUUGACGCAGAUCACUCGCAGAUGUGCAAGGUGGGCGUUCGGGGUCCUAUGUACCGUUUGAUAAAAGGAAACAUCAAGCAACUGGUAGAUCAGGCGCUUUUGUCGGAGCAAGGUUUCAUUCCACAAUUGAUGCCUCCAAGUACCGUGUCAUCUCUACCGCCGGUGCUACCACACGUUCGUUUGAUUAGUAGCACGCCAUGCCAAAUCCCAGCCCCUGCGGUGCAAAGGGUGACAGGACUGAUUUUCAAUGCUCUGGAUAAUGACCCACGAUCUGUCCGCUCCGCAGAACUCAAGAAUCAGGCUCGGUGGGAUGAAGCCCGAUCAGUUGAGUAUGGGAUUUUCCAGGAGCAUAUGCGCACCCUUGGUCCGGAUCAUUUCAGCACACUAUCAGUCGCAUACAACCUAGCUGAAGUGGAAUUAGAGACCAGCUACUUGGAGAAAGCAAGUGAAUGGUGCCAUUGGGUGUCCGACACCACCCAACGCGUCUUUGGGACAAAGCAUCCUCUAGCAAUGAAGACGGAAAGUUUGACCGCGGAGGUCUUGUGUCAUCGGGGCAAGUACCAAGAGGCCGAGUCGAUUUGCGCUAACGUGCUAGCACGCCAGCAAAUGACUAUCGGCGAGGACCACUUGGAUACCUGUGACACUCGACGCCGACUAGGAGUGAUGUACAACGCGCUAGGUCGCCGGCAAAAUGCGGUCAUGACUGCAGAAAAGCUGACAGAUACUCUGAAACGUCUGCUUGGAGAAACCCACAUUCGUGUAUUCGGCUCUGUUUUGGAUACUUUGGAAUACAUUGUUAGCAACCAAUCUGGAGACGCAAAUACCCUCAUUGUUAUGCGUUUUCAGCCAGAUGUACAACGAGCCGUGGAGAUGUUGUUGCAGACCUACCAAGAGCUUCGGACUGCCUUGGGUCAUGGACACCCAUCUACCAUUCGCGCGCUCUGUCUCCACGGUCGAGCACAAAGCUUUACACAGCAGAGUAUAGAGGCCUCGGAGACUCUUCGCCGUGCUUUGGCCAGUGCAGAAGAAGCCCUAGGACCCGAUCACCCACUGACUAUGGACAUCGUGAGUAAUAUUGGCGUCAUGUACGCUCUGCAAAAUGGCUAUGCACAGGGUUCAAUCACCAAUGGUCGUGCCCGGGAAGCCUUCCCCUGGUUACUGCGAUAUUUGAAUUGGGUAGAACAUCGCAAAGGCAAAGACAAUCCCGAAACCCAAGCCACGUUGGAGUGGCUGGCCAAUUUACACUUCAACGCUAAAGAGUACGAGCCCGCCCAGCAGUACUAUGAGCGCCUUGUGGCGAAUAUGCGGAGGAACGACCCAAAAGUGACCCAACGUAUCGACAAUCAGCUUCAACUGUGUCGGGCGAACACCAUUUACACCCGUCGGGGCCUGGGGUCGGGAAUAGGAGGGUUUUUAUCCAACUUGCAGCGACAUUGA